AUUGGGUGGAGCGAACGGGGCGGGCCACGCCCCUUUGGAACGCCGGGUGGGUGGCGGGUUCUGCGCGCGCGGCUGGACUCACCUGGCGGGGCGGCCGCGAUGGAGGCAGGGGACAUCCAGGGAGAAAUGUUGAACAAAACUCUGGUGGUUUCGGCUCCGGGGAAAGUUAUACUUCACGGUGAACAUGCUGUGGUCCACGGCAAGGCCGCUCUGGCGGUGGCGCUGAACUUGAGAACCUUCCUCCGGAUGAGCCCUCGGGACGACGGGAAGAUCUUCCUGCAGCUGCCGAAUAUCGGAGUCAAGUUGUGGUGGGACCUGGUGCAGCUCCAGCCGCUGCUCGACGCCUUUCCCGACCGGACCGAAUUGAAGCCCCCUACCCCGGAACAGCUGGCAAGGCUGAAGGAGUUUGCAGGCACGGCGGACGGACCGGGAGAAAUCCACGAUGUCGCCACCGUCGCCUUUCUGUAUUUGUACUUAUCCAUCGCGGCCAAAAGCGGAGUGCUGCCGAGCGUGGAGCUCCUGGUGUGGUCGGAGCUGCCCACGGGGGCUGGCUUGGGUUCCAGCGCCGCUUACUCGGUGUGCCUGGCGGCCGCCUUGCUAUCACGUUGUGACGUCGUCGGCUACCCUCUGGGGGAAGGCCAGUCCCUGGCAAGGUGGACGGAGGAGGAGCUGGACGUGAUCAACAAGUGGGCCUUCCAGGGAGAGCAGGUGAUCCACGGGAAUCCGUCUGGCGUGGAUAACGCCGUAGGCACCUGGGGUGGAGCCUUGAGAUACCAGUCAGGAAAAAUCACGCCACUGAAAAGGGUCCCCACGCUGAGAAUUUUGCUGACCAACACCAAAGUGCCCCGAAGCACCAAGGCCCUCGUCGCUGGGGUCAGAGAGAAGCUUCUGAAGUUCCCUGCCAUCAUGGAGCCCGUCCUGAUUUCCAUCGACGCCAUUUCUCGGGAGUGUGAAGGCGUCCUCGAAGCCAUGGCUGACGGUUCCUCACAGGGACACUACUCUGUUCUGGAGGAACUGGUCGACAUCAACCAGCACCACCUGGACGUGAUCGGGGUGGGGCACCCCGCGCUGGAUCGUGUCUGCCAGGCCACCGCCGCCCUUGGCCUGCACAGCAAGCUGACGGGCGCUGGGGGAGGCGGCUGCGCCAUCACGCUGCUGCGGCCUGACACGCCUCCUUCCGUGGUGGAAGCGGCCGUCCGGGACCUGAGCCGCUGCGGCUUUGCGUGCUGGGAGACCGAUAUCGGGGGCCCGGGAGUAUGCGCUCAUGCGCUCCCUUCUUUGAAGGCGGAAGUGGUGAAGGUCUUGAAUGGGGUUUGAAGACGACGCCCAAGACGAGGAGCCCCUCCCGGAAACCGGUUUUUGAGCCUCCAAAGUUCAGCCCCGUAGCGGGCGCAAACACACGGGACUUUUCAGGUUAUCACAUUCCCCCCCUUGCCCCCCCCAGCGAUGGAGCUUUGGUGGACUUGGGGGUGGCUUUAUUCGGGCUGGGGAGUCAUUGUGCUGAAAAUCUGGCAUUCAGUUUCCCUGCAGCCCCGUGGAUGGAGCCUCUCGAAAGGCGAUGGUUUUGGGGGGGGGGUUCAUGAAGGCAGCGCUCUGCUCGAGAACCUCUUUGCGUGCCAACUCGAGCAGCGAAAUUCUGCGUCCCGUUGAGCUCUCACUUCCUCCUGCUGAGAACAGGAUGUGUGUGUGUGUGGGGGGGUCAGGCGUACACACGGGGUUAGCAUGGAACUCGGUGGCUUCCAGAUAACCCCAAUGCUAGCAUGUGUGGGUGCCGGUGUGUGGGUUUUGCUUUUGUGUUGUGGUGCACAGAUUUUGGGGAGAAGGAGAGGAAUAGGACAGUCUGUCUCCCUCACGCCCCUUCUGCGCUGAUGACCCUUUGCUGGCUUUUUCUACCCCCAUCCCAGCGGACGUGGGUCCAGGAACCUCUGCUGUCUGGCCCAGCCUGGAGCUGUUUUAAUUCAUUAACCUCUUUCUUUUACCUUCCGCCUCUCUCCGUAAAUGGAAGCCUGUGGGAAGGGCGGGUCCCAGGGAAAACACAAGUCAGCUGCAAUACGAGGCGAACAAGCUUUAAUCUGAAAACGCAAUGAAAUUGAAAAAGCAUUUUAAAAGCAGAUCUACUUAAAGAAAUAAUAAUAAAGAUCAACUCAUGUCUGUUGAAGGCUCUUUCUUCAGCAGCCCAUCACCUGCUCAGUAAAUGAGUGAGAGUCUAUACGUGGUCUCCUUCAGACGGGGUUCCCCAUUUCCUGCUGUGCAGAUGUUCAACUCAGCCAGACUUUAUGUUGUCCAGAUGUGCUCCCAAAAGGUCUCUUCCACCCCAAAGGACGGAGAGCGGCCGGUGAUUCUGUUCCAAAGCUUUGCCCUAUCCAGCACUUUAUGCCUUUUUCCCUCCCCUUCUUCUGCACCCGUCUUGUCUCUCCCUUCUGGGUUUCUCCUGUGGGGCUUCAGCCCCAAAGGUACCUCUGGCUGUGGGGCAGCUCUGGGAAAAGAGGAGCCGGCCGACAAACGUGUUUCCAGGUUGGAGCAAAAACACGACAACGCACACUCGGUGUAUCGAUGAGGAUGGUGUGAUAGGGCAGGUUACGUGGUUGCAAACCAAGUGCUUGAGAUGGGGUAGAGAAAGAAGCCCUUCCGCCUUUAUCUUGUACGAACACAUAACCUGGGAUUGUAAUUUUUAAAAAUCUGCUUAACGUGGCGAUGGAUGAACGGAAGCUUUUAGGCAGUUGAUUUUUUCCGGAGUGUUGCUGGUGGGCAGAAUGGAAUAAUGAGUGGCUUACGAAUUAAGCAAGACGUGUCCCCCUUUGUUUGGGUUCUGCUUUGCUCCUAAAACAACCAAAAUAUUAAACACGGCCUUUCGGACAAUGUCUGUGGAUUUAUUUUUCAUUGUGAGUGACCUCGCGCUUCC